AUGAUCGUCAUCUUGACAGCAAUUUUGACGUCAACUUUGACGCAGUCCACUGUGACUUACCCUACCCGCCUGACUCCAACCCUUCCGAAGCCAGUCAUACCUCGCGCGGUUAAGCUGUAUUCAUGGUCACCCAACUUGUACUACUAUCUUCACGCCGAACUAGAGUUCGACGCAAGCAUCCAGGCUGGACUCAGUCACAGUCAUGAUUCGGAGUUCCCGUUCGACCAACCAAGAUGCCCCACCACCGAGUGUGUCUGGGAUGUGGUCAGUACGCUCGGGGUCUGCGUCAAGACUUGGAACGUCACCGCAUUUUUGAAUGUGACUUAUGGGGAUGGAGAUAGCAGUCACGUCCUCAAGUUUGCUUCGCUGCCUAACGGCGCGUACUCAAACCUGAGCAUUCUCAGUUCUGGCAUGGUAAGCCUCAACAAUGGGCAGCAGCCCAUGUACACUGCCUUUGAUGAGUCAGAGAUACCCAAGACUCGAAUUUCCGAAUUCAGCAUUAUUUACUCCGUUCACAACCAAGGAGUCCGCGCCGUCGAGGCCAUGUUCUACUUUUGCAUUCAGAGAUACAACGUCUCAGUCCAUAACAACAUCGCGUCGCGAGAGCUUAUCGACGCGACGGUCGAUUCGGGUUACUUCUUGUUCAACAUAACCCAGACCUCUAGCCCGAUCAACCUCACAGGGCUCAAGGUCCCUGGAGAGCCCAACACGAAGUUCCCGUACGGCGGCAGAGUGGUGCCAUUGCUUCGGGACAGCCUUGACCACGCGCUCAACGGCACCUUCUCGCAGAUAUCGAGUCCGGGCAGUGAGCGAGGCCGAGCGCCGUCCCGGUUCUUCAGCGCCUUCGAUGAGAUGUACACCCCUGACACCAAGCACAAAAUGGGAGAUGCAGUCACUAAUAUAACGAACAACGUUGCGAGGAGCUUGUCGAACUCGCUCUCCACCGACCCAGCAAACGUGACGGGUGAGGCGUUCAUCACCGAGACUUACGUCAAGGUGCGGUGGGCGUGGCUGGCAUUCAUAUCGUCCCAGAUCGUGCUUUCAACCAUCGUGUUAGCUGUAACCAUUAUCCAGGCGAGGAAUGCUGGACUUGGAAUCGUCAAGAGCUCCACUCUUCCGGCCUUUUUCGUCAUAGACACGCACGACAGGGAGUUGUUAGAGAAUGGGAAGGGUUUGAAGAAGCAGCAGGAAGAAGUUGACGACUUGCUGAAGGAAGGUCAUGGUGUCGGCUGGAAACUUGGACUGACGGACCAUGCCCUGCCCUACAGUGACAUCGACUUCGACAUCGACGCUGAACUCGUCGCGUUCGCAGCCGAGACAGCCACCGCCUUUACCAACAUGAUCGAGAGCGGCCUCCACAUCCUCUCGUCCCUCCGCAGCCUCGAAGCCCGGCUUGCGCCAUCGACCGACUAUAUGACGACCCGCAGCCGUCUCCCUGCCUAUUCAUCCCAACUGUUAUCAUUGGUUGUCCUGGACUGCGACGGCGUUGUUGCCAGCCUGCUCUAA